AUGGUUAUGAUAACCCGAAGUGCAUACAGGAAGGCUUGCGAAAGCACUAAUAGCAGUGAUAUAUCGCAAAACAAUGUUAUUCCGCCGUGGUGUUCAUCAGGUAAAGUUAGCGAAAGGAGAGCGAAGAAAGUUCCCGCGUGGGAAAUACGAUCCUCGUAUCCUGUGAGAGAGAACAUUUGGCAGUAUCUCCACGCCGACGCACAAAGAGUCAUCAGCAAAAGGAAAAGGUCGCAUUGUAAUUGCAAACAAAAAACGAAGCGCACGAACGGGAAAAAUGCUGCGAUAUUGUUCGCGUUUCUAAUUAUAGCCCUGGCUCUGAUGGGAUCUAUUUGGAUGACUAAUAUUCCGAAGCUUAACCGCCUCACGAAAGUCAUACAAGGAGACAAAUUAGUUUCUCUAUGGGGUGUAUCGAAGCAGACUGAAAUAUCAGAAGAAUGCUGUAACAGAAUGAGGUUUUUACUCGAGGAGGUUUCAAAAAUGCAACAAGCAUUAAGACACAAGCUAAGAGUCAGCCGAAGUUUGUUAAUUAGCACACAAAUUACAAGAACAGACAAGACUGAAGUGGAUAGAAAAUACAUAGAAGGCGUAUCAGUGAGCAAAGGCAGUAAUACAGAAGAGUACGGAAGCCAGGUCGCUCUAUGGGGGGUGGUGCCACUAUGGAAGGCCGCUCCGCCGCCGGACCUAGUGUUAACCCGUAGGAAUCCUACACCUUCGGAUUGUUGGCCUUUUAGUGGAUCAUACGGAGAGAUCGUAAUGGAGUUACCACAAGCGCUACAAGUAAACUACAUGAGUGUGGAACACAUUCGACCCGAUACUGCGAGAAGUGCGCCCAAGCGAUUUAUACUAUCGGGUGUCCUAGAAAAUGGAACGCUAGUGAAUGCAGUGGAUGGCGAAUAUCAAAACAGGGGUCCGGCUAAACAGUAUUACCGAUGCAACUGGGGCAAACCACUCAAGCGUCUGAUUUUCCGCGUGCUGUCUAAUCAAGGGAACCCGACUUAUACUUGUGUUUACAGAAUCCAUUUGUACAGAAAAUAAUGUCUGUAUUUUUUAACUAAGUGCUCCUUUAGUAAAAUCAGCA